AUGCCUGUCCCGCUAGGCGCCUCGCUUAAUGAUCCGCACUUUGUGCUCGUGCAGAUUAUACACGUUGUGAGUGCCUUCUUUCUCUUCCUCGGCAUGGCGCGUGUGGUACUUGGCCUCCUGGCGCUUGUUUUCUCCGAUAACUCCACGCUGCCGCUGGCCGUGGUGUUGAGCCGCUGCUUUCAUGUUCCGCUCCGCUCGCUCUUCGCCGUGCGGGUGACGGAUGUAACGGACGGUUCGGCGCGACGCUUCUUUUUCAUGCACGUACUGGCUGCCCUCGGCCUGUCGUAUCCACUAGCGCUAACGAUCCAGCGCCGCAAGUUCGCGCUUGACUUUGCCUUCACAUUGUACGCCGUUUACUUUGUGCUCUGCUGCGUUGUGGAGCGUCGGCUGUGGGGUGGUGGCUUUGCGUGGUGGGUGACAGUGCUCGCCGGCUUUGGUAUCCUGUAUAGCACGACCACGUUGUUGUGUAAGCGCCGAGAGCUGCAGGACAUUUUCUUCUCCCCUGUGGCGACCACGGUGACUCCUAGCAACAACAGUAACAAUAGCAACAGCAACAACAAUAACAACAGUGGUGGUGGUGAGGCUAUGACAAUGCUGAGUGCUGCGGUGGAGACAGUCACCGUUGAUGUGGACGGACGGUUGUUUACGAAUGGCUGCAGCUCGCCGUCGCACGGCAUGGAGGCGGUGCUGAUGGGGCCGGGUAGCGCUAGUAAGCGGCGGCGGUAG